AUGCAAAAGUCCCAGCCACUCCCUAAACAGGGAUCACCACAGCUACGUGGCAAUGGACAGACUGACCCCCCAACCAACAAACCUGUGGGACAACAAGCUAAAGACCCACUAAAGCAGGGUUCACCCAAGCCUGGAGUUCAACAGCAGGUUCCGACAAAGAAUGGAGCACAACCAGUAUCUUCAAAACAGGUUCCACCCAAGGCAGAGCAAAAGGACGCUGAAAAGAGCGGCAUACAAAAGCAAGAUAUUUUAAAGACUGGGGUACAGGGGCCCACAAAGUCUGGGUCAGAGUCAAGACAACAGCAGUCAUCACCAAAAACUACAUAUCAACAUCAGGGCUUACCUAAGGUGGGACUACAGCAGAAAGGAGGAAGGAAUCAGAUCUCCACUGGGCACCAAGGCAUUAUGGGCCCAGGCACACCUGAAGUGACACCUGUAGGGUCUCCACCAUUGGGUGCAACUAAAGCCAGACCUAAGGCAGACACAGUUUCUAAACCUCUUUGCUCAGUGUGUAACACAACCGAACUUAAUAUCCAUACCAAGGAACCACCUAACUAUAAAACCUGUACACAGUGUAAAACAGAGGUGUGCAGCUUAUGUGGCUUCAGUCCUCCAGAUGCUGAUGGGCGCGAGUGGCUUUGCCUAACCUGCCAAAUACAGAGAGCUCAAGUAACGUCAGAGGCACCUGGACCUCCCAAGAAAAAGCCCUCACCAAAUGCAACCUCUGCUCCUCAAAACCAGAAACCAUCACCUGGUAUACUGAUAAAAAAGAACAUUUCAGCACAAGGUUCAUCACAGAAUGUGCAGUCUAAACCAAUAAAAGUGCCAGCUAAGGAUGAACCUCCUAAAGAACUGGAAAAUUCAAAACACGUCAGUUCUGGUCAAACACAGAAAAUGACACCAGAGACUCAAAGAGCAUCAGGAUCUCCAAAAGUGGUUCCAAGUGGUCAACCUGGCCGACUGCAAAGCAUUACAACUCCAGCUCCCCAGCAGGCAACUGGAGGGUUAUUUGGCUUUAGUGGUGGUGCUAAAAGUGAAUCUGCAAAAUCAGAUGAGUCAGUGACUGGGAAGAUGUUUGGUUUUGGUUCCUCUCUUUUUAGUUCUGCAUCUACUUUAAUAGGCUCUGCUGUUCAGGAUGAACCCAAAACUACACCACCAGUUUCUCCCAAAAUGCAACCCACAAAGGACACAAAAGUGGCUCCUGGCCAAUCGUUAGAACUAGAAAAAAAGCAGCAGCAACCUCAGGAGGCAAAGACUCAGUCAGCGGGGCAGAAAGUAGAAAAAUCCACUGCAGAAACUUCAAAGGCAGCAACAGUCUCCCUCAAUCCCCCCAAGAAGGGACAAUCUUGUCCAAUCUGUAAGAUGGUGCUCAAUGUUGGCUCAAAGGAUCCUCCCAACUACAACUGUUGCACAGAAUGCAAAAGCACUGUCUGUAAUCAAUGUGGAUUCAACCCUAUGCCUAAUGUAAAAGAGGAAAACGAAUGGCUUUGUCUGAAUUGCCAGGUGAAACGAGCUGCUGAAGGAAUUAAACCAGAGAAAGAAAUGCCCCUGGCCGAUUUAUUUAAGAAGACAACUGCAGCACAACCUGCAACUCGAACGACCUCUGCCCCAGGCUCUCCUCAAAAUAAAGUAUCAACAGCACCAGUACAACAAGUCAAGACUGAAGGACCAGUAAGCCAUAAGCAGGCUGGUCAAGCUCCUGGACAGAAAACACUUCAGCAGAGCCAAAGGACAGAUCCUCAGAAAGUAACCAACCAGACCAUUCAGCCUCCACAAAAAACAGGAAAUGCCACAAUGUCUGGUGGCUUCUUUGGUUUUGGUGGUCCUAAAAGUCAAAGUGAUGCAGCAAAGCCUGCGGAAUCAGUGCCAGGGAAAAUGUUUGGUUUUGGCACCUCCAUCUUUAGCUCUUCAACUUUAAUUACUUCAGCCGUCCAAGACGAUCCCAAACUUACACCACCAGUUUCCCCCAAGAUGUCUCCUGCAAAGGACCUCAAAUCCCCCACUGUCAAAAAGCAAGAACAAGAGAAGAAACCACAGCAGCUACAGCAAGUCACAGGUCACACACCAGUGCAGCCAAAAGCAGAGAAACUUUCCUCAGAACUGCCAACGAAAGAAUCAGCCUCACCAAUUAUUUCCAAGGCAUCUGAUUCAACAUGUCCUCUCUGUAAAGUGAAACUAAAUGUGGGCUCCAAGGACCCUCCAAACUACAGCACUUGCACAGAGUGCAAAAGCAUUGUCUGUAACCAAUGUGGAUUUAAUCCCAUGCCAAAUGUAAAGGAGAUGAAAGAGUGGUUGUGUCUCAACUGUCAGGUGCAGAGAGCACUCGGGGCAUCUGAGCCUCCAGGAACACCUGUGAUGAACCUACGGGCCUCUCCAAACAAAACCCCUGUGUCUGCUGAUGCUUUAAAGAAAGAAACUCCCUCCCAACAGAAAGAAAUUCUAGUACCUUUUAAAUCUAAGGAGACCACACCAUUAUGCCCCCCUCAGCAAAAAUCACAAAUGUCAAUUGAGAGUGGUAUUACAUCGGCUAAAGAGGUAGAUGGAAGGUCCUUAAAAUCUGGAAGUUCCAAGCCUCAGUCUGAUGCUGCAAAACCUAAUGAGUCACUUGGAGGCAAAAUGUUCGGCUUUGGUUCGUCUAUGUUGAGCUCUGCUUCUAGUUUUAUAACCUCUGCAGUUCAAGAUGAAUCAAAAACAACGCCACCAGUUUCUCCCAAAAUUCCAAUUGCAAAGGGAACCCAAUUUGUUCCUGUUCAGAAACAUGACCCAGAGAUGAAAGGGGAGCAAGUUCAACAAAUCAAACGCUCUCCAUUGCUGCAAGCCAAAAUAGUAAAAGGCUCACCAGAAGAUGUUAAGGAUGCAGUAGCUUCAGAUGGUCAGAAGACUGGCCAGUCUAUCUGCCCCCUCUGUAAGACUGAACUCAACAUUUUUUCCAAGGAUCCUCCUAACUAUAACAAAUGCACAGAAUGCAAGUCCAAUGUGUGCAACCAGUGUGGAUUUAACCCAAUCCCAAACCUGACAGAGGUCAAAGAAUGGUUAUGUCUAAAUUGUCAGAUGCAAAGAGCUCUUGGUGCCUCUGAAAUCACUGGACUGUCCAUGAAACCGGAGAUUGAAACAAACAAAGGUUUGCCUUUUACUGAAAGUCAGAAAAUCCCACCUCCUAAACAAGAGCAAAGUCUAAAUAAGAAAUUAUCUGACAAAAAGAUGGAAGCCCCAAUGCCUGAUUCACCUCAAAAGAAGGGGAGCUCCACACCUGGUUCUCCUCAGAAGACACAGCAUGCAGCUGUACCACUUGCUGCUAAAGAGCCAGAAGCUAAAACACAGCCUAGGCCACGCACAUCUCCAAAUACCCAAAGGGUUACAGGUACCCAGAAAAAGAUUGACCAGACAAGUGAGCUUGACCCAAAACACAAGGAGGUGAAACCAGAUGUACAGCAGGAAGCAGAUAAAAAGUCUGGGUCAAUAGAUCCUAAAAAAGUGUCUGAGACUUCAAAAACAACUGAGUCUGUGGGUGGAAAGAUGUUUGGGUUUGGGUCAUCUAUUUUCAGCUCAGCAUCAAAUUUGAUAUCAUCUGCUGUUCAGGAAGAAUCACAGACCACAUCUCCUGGCUCCCGUAAGAUGUCUGCACCACCGCAAAUCUUUGGCAAGAUGUCUGUUUCACCAAAGAUUUCACCAAAAGGUACACCUACACUUUCUCCCAAAAUGUCACCAGCAAGAGAGCCAAAGGUAUUUCCUCAGAAAUUAGAGCAAGUAAAGAAACCAGAGGAAAGGCAUCUGAAGAAAGAGGACAAAGCUCCUUCACAGCAACAUGUAGGAUCAGUCUCUCCAAGAUCUUCAGGUGGAGGUCAGACUAUCUGUCCACUGUGUAAGGAUGAGAUCAAUAUCAGCUCCAAGCAGCCUCCAAAUUACAACACCUGCACUGAAUGCAAGACCGUAGUUUGUAACCAAUGUGGAUUUAACCCCAUGCCUUUGGGCAAGGUAAAAGAAUGGCUGUGUCUUACAUGUCAGGUGAAAAGAGCAGUCAGAACCUCUGAACCACCAGGGCCUCCUGCUUUAAUGUCCCAAACCUCACCCAGUAAAUCUCCAUCACCCACUUCUGCUCAACUGAAAGAUCCUUCCAAACUCACUGCUAUUCAAAAGAAGGAUGGUCUGCAUGCUGUGGAACAAUCUAAGGAGCUCUCAAGAAACAUCUCACCACAGAGAAAACUGUCAACGCCAUUAAGCAAACCUCCAUCUAAUGAUGCUCCUCUAAAACAAACUAGCCCAGCACCGGAUCGAAAAACAUCUGAAGAAAUACUAAAAGCAGAUGAAAAGAAACAAUCAGAUCAGGCAAACCAAAGUGACGGAAGACGGAGUAGCACACCUUCAGCAAAAGAGCAAGAUUCGGGAGGCUUUUUUGGCUUUGUUGAAUCUAAAGCUCAGCCUGAAGGAGCAAAGGCUAUGUUAGGCAUCCGUUCUUCCAUCUUUAGUUCUGCUUCUACCUUAAUAACCUCAGUGGUAAAGGACCAGCUCAGCACAACACCACCAGUUUCUCCCAAGAUGUCUCCUUCAAAAGAGGCAAAAUCUCCUACUGCUUCAAAAGUAGAACAGGAGAAGAAGUCAGAAAGGCAACAGCAGUCAGAGGGUCAACCAACUGCACAACCAAAAGCAAAUGAGAGUAAGCCUUCUGCUUCCCAGAAGCUUGAGCAGCAGAGGAAAGCAGAGCCAUCAUUGCAAACAAAGACCCUUCCAUUAGUACAGGCCAAAGUGGACAAAACUCCACCAGAGCUUUCGAAGCAUGAAGCAGGUGCCCAAGCAAGUGUCAAAAUAGAACAGUCCACCUGUCCUCUGUGUAAGAUGCAACUCAACAUAGGCUCCAAGGAUCCGCCCAAUUACAAUAAUUGCACUAAGUGCAAGAAUACAGUGUGUAACCAGUGUGGAUUUAACCCGAUGCCAAACAAAACUAUGGUUAUGGAGUGGUUGUGUCUCACCUGUCAGAUGCAGAUGAUGCUUGAAGUAACAGAGCCUUCGGGAGUUGCUUCUCUCAAACCUCAGACACCUGCAAAACCCCAAACAACAGACAUCACUAGCCCAGCUCGGCCUGAGAAGAAGGUCUUAUCUGCACCACAUUCACCUCAGAAGAAAUUGUCUUCACCCACACAGCCAAUUAUAUCCGAGACAGUAGCUAAGCAAAUGGUUAAUAAACAGGCCAGCCCAGUUCCUUCUAAGAAAACCCCAUCAGAGCAGCAUAAAACAUCAGGUCCCAACAAAUCACCAGGCCAGAAAAGGCAAGCUGAACAUAAGCAGAGCAAUAUGACUGCGGCACCACAGAAAGAUUCAGGAGGCUUCUUUGGAUUAGGUGGAGGUAAAAACCAUCCAAAUAUGGACAAACCAGUAGAGUCUGUCUCUGGAAAAAUGUUUGGCUUUGGCUCGUCUAUUUUCAGCUCUGCUUCCACCUUAAUAACCUCUGCUGUUGAAGAACAAUCCAAGACCACUCCACCAGUAUCUCCCAAGCUAUCCCCUGCAAAAGAGGUCAAAUCUCUUGCUGCCCAGGAGAGGAAGCAAACAGAAUCUCAGCAGCGUAAGGCACCUGCUGUGGUGCAGGACAAAGCUGACAAGGCUCAGCCAGUGGCUUCAAAGGUUAUAGAAGCUUCCCAAGGUGUUGUCAAACCAGGUGCCAGCUGUCUGCUCUGUAAGGCUGAGCUGAACAUGGAGUCCAAAGAUCCACCUAACUACAAUACUUGCACUGAAUGCAAGAACACAGUCUGUAACCAGUGUGGAUUUGACCCCAUGCCAAAUCAGUUAGAGAUGAAGGAGUGGUUGUGUCUGACUUGCCAGAUGCAAAGAGCUCUGGCAGCAGCUGACUCAGUACAGCCUCCUCUGAGAAAAGCUCAGGCACCACCCAGCAAAGUUUCCUCACCUGGUACUUCCAAUAAAGAUGUGCCUGCUCAAAAGAAAUAUAGUAUUCCUAAAGAAGAUGCUGGAGAUAUGGACAGAACACAAGAUGCACCACGAAAGAAAAUAGACAUUUUGAAAACCCCUACUUCGCUGGCUUCAAAGGAUGCAACAGAUGCAGUUUCAAGCCCAAACAAAGAGGUGAAAACCAAUUUACUCCAUGCUGAGGGUGUUCCGAAGUCUUCUGUGCCUCAACGUGAAGAGGCAGGACCUGUUGUUUCUAAUGUCAAACAACCAAUGCCUACUCAAGCUCCUCCUAUUACCACAGACAAAACAACUGUACAAUCUAAAGUCACUUUAGAAAAGAAAGAGGAGAAACCUGAAACAAUCAAGAAAUCAACUGACCAGCUUGUCAAAUCCACAGAGGAAGUGCUACAAUCCCAAGUCAAAACACCUCAAAGGAAGAAUUCGGCAGUUGAGGUCAAAGAAGAUGAUGAUCAGAAAACACAUGUGGAACUGAUACCAGACCAGCCUCAGGGGCCUAAAGAUUCUCCAAAGGGACAGAAUGAAGAUGGUGAAGGUCAGAUAGAGCUGCCAAAACCAGAAGCAUCCAGAGAUGCACCCAAAAGGACUCAAGCUGCUUGUCCACUCUGCAAAUUGGAACUUAACAUUGAUUCCAAGAGCCCUCCCAACUUCAACACCUGCACCGACUGCAAAACCACUGUCUGCAACAAAUGUGGAUUUAGUCCAAUGACCAAUAUCUCUAAGGCAAAGGAAUGGUUGUGUCUGAACUGUCAGAUGCAGAGAGCCCUUGGAGCUUCCGAACCUCCAGGCCUCCCGAUGAUGAAAACACAAACUUCACCAAGGAAAGACAUCCCUGCCAAUAUACAGAAAAUAGAGACUCCAGCUGCAGGUGCUUCCAAGCAAGAGAUUUCUGAGCAAAUCACUUUCAGUAGUGACCUUGCCAACAUUAUUACAGCCAGAGAAACACAACCUUGUGCUGUUAGAGAACCAACAAAGGAGGUUCCUGAUGCAUCGGUUUCAAUCCCUGAUAAAAGUGGUCCAUCAACUACCACAAAGGCAGAUGUUUCACCAGCUUCACCGAAGCCAAGUUCACCACAGCAACAUACUCAAAAAGCUCCUACUUCUUCUAAGCCUACUGUUCCAAAAGAUGAGCCAUCACUCCAACUGCCUCCAAAAGCUGGUCCACCUUCAGAUAAACCUGCUCCUUCACAACAGCUGGAGCCAUGUUCACCACAGCAACAUACUCAAAAAGCUCCUACUUCUUCUAAACCUGUUGUUCCAAAAGAUCAGCCAAAAGAUGAGCCAUCACUCCAACUGCCUCCAAAAGCUGGUCCACCUUCAGAUAAACCUGCUCCUUCACUGCAGCAAAAGGAAGCAAAGCAGCCCCCAAUACAUCCACCCAAACCUGAGGCCUCUCCUAAGUCUGCACCACCACCGGUUCAGGCUGGAAAACCAGAGCCAGGUAGCCUUUUUGGUUUUGGUGGCCCUAAAAUACAGCCUACGGCAGCAAAACCUGCAGAGUCUGUGACAGGAAAGAUGUUUGGCUUUGGGUCAUCUUUCCUAAGCUCUGCAUCCAAUUUGAUAACCUCAGCUGUUCAAGAUGAACCUAAAACUACACCGCCUAUUCCUCGUAAGAUGUCCACCACAGAUAGAGUAUCUCCAAAGCCUACACCACCAGCUUCUCCUAAAACAUUACCUGCAAAGGAUGUCAAGGCACUUUAUGUGCAGACAACUGAGGACAAGACAACUGAGGACAAGAAAUCCGACAAACCACAGCAGACUGAAAUUCAUCCAACAGAGCAAAUCAAAUUGACCAAAUCACCACCAGAAGUCUCUAAAGUACCAGCAAAAAGGCAGGUUGCUUCAAAAGAAGAUCAGUCAAUGUGCCCUCUUUGCAAGACCAAGCUCAAUUUUGACUCCAAAGAUCCUACAAACUACAACACUUGCACAGAAUGCAAGACUACAGUAUGCAACCAGUGUGGAUUUGAUGCAAUUUCAAAUAUAUCUGAGACAAAGGAAUGGCUUUGUCUAAACUGCCAGAUGCAGAGGGCCUUGAAAGUAUCAGAAUCAACUGUAUCUCCUGUUGUAAAACAGACACCAAACAAGAUCUCACAGUCUCCUGUUGUACAGAACGAAAAGCCUACACCUAAAACCCAGAAAGAUGCCAUGAAAGCUGCAACCCCUUUGCCAACUGCUGCUUCAGCCCAGCAAGAGUCUUUUCAAAAGGAACCAGUAGUUUCAGGUUCUGACCAGCAACAACCAGAUGACAAACAACAACAACCGAAGAUUACUCAAACUACAAAACCAGAAGUAAAGCCAGAUGUGUCAAAACAAGAAGGUGAAAAAUUACAGCAACAGCCUGCAAAGUUGGACACACAGCCAGCCAAACCGACUCCACCAGUUCAGCCUACUAAGCAAGAAUCUGGAGGCUUCUUUGGCUUUGGUGGACCUAAAACACCAGCUGUGGCAGCAAAAUCUGCUGAAUCAGUGACUGGGAAGAUGUUUGGUUUUGGUUCAUCUUUUCUUAGUUCUGCAUCUACACUGAUUAACUCAGCUGUUCAGGAUGAACCUAAAACUACACCACCUACUCCAAGGAGGAUGUCCACUACAGCCCCUAACACUCCUAAAGCCACACCUCCAGUUUCUCCUAAGAUAACCUCUGCCAAGGAUACAAAAGCACCUGCUACACAGAGAUCAGAGCCCCCUCUGCAAGCUAAGCCACCACCUUUGCAAGACAAGCCUAUUCCACCACCUCCUCAGGCCAAGCCUACUCCCCUUCCUCAACAAGACAAGGCUAUUCCACCACCUUUGCAAGACAAGUUUACUCCACCACCUCCACGGACCAAGUUUACUCCACCACCCCAACGGGACAAAGCUUUUCUACCACCUCAGCAAGACAAGCCCUCUCCACCACCUCCUCAGUCCAAGCCUAUUUCAUUACCUCACCAAGUACAGCCUACUCCCCCACCUCCACAGGCCAAGCCUACUCCACCACCCCAACAGGACAAAGCUUCUCUACCAGCUCAACAAGACAAGCCCUCUAUACCAAUUCAACAAGAAAAGUCCUCUCCACCACCUCCUCAGGCCAAGCCUACUUCAUUACCUCCCCAAGUAAAGCCUACUUCACCACCUUCGCAAGACAGGCCUACUUCACCACCUCCACAGGCUAAGCCUACUCUAGCAACUAAACAAGACAAGUCUACUCCCCCACCUGAACAGACCAGACCUACUCCAUUACCACAAGAAACAUCAGAAAAGGUUUUACCAGUAUCCACAGAGGUAAACAAGGUUGCUCCCACACCAGCUGUGUCCACCUGUCCUCUUUGUAAGGUUGAACUGAAUGUGGGCUCAACAGAUGAUCCGAAUUACAACACCUGCACAGAAUGCAAAAACACUGUCUGCAACUUCUGUGGAUUUAAUCCCAUGCCCCAUACUGCAGAAAAGGAAUGGCUGUGCUUGAGCUGCCAAACUCAAAGAGCUUUGUCAGGACAGUUGGGUGACUCAAGGAAAAUGCCCGAACCUACUUAUGCACCUACCAAACCAGAAAUCCAAAUAGCAUCAGCUUCCGACAUGAAGGAGUCCAAAACUUCACCCAUAAAAGUAGGGCCUACAACUGGUGCAACAACACCAGAACUUGUACAUGCCCCUACUGAAGGAGUACAAACUGUUCCAACCACAAAACCGAAGGUAGAACCUGCCAAGAUGGAAACCCUAGCUACUGUUACUUCCAUAGCAAAUGAACUGAAAAGGAAACCCUUAGCCAGCAUGACAGAUAUUUCACCUGUUGCCCCAGAAAAUCAGUCUUUUGUAGAUUCCAUUCAAGAACCUUUCAUAACAAAGCCUGAUGUGUCAAACACCGAAGUUUCCAACAGAGAAAAUAUUAAAAACCUUACAGUGUCUGAAGUUGUUCCAGAGGAAAAAGGACAGCCAGUUCUCCCUUUACCAGAGAGCAUAAUUACAGAGAUGCAGACUUAUGAACAUAUCAAUUUGAUAGAAACAGCUUAUUCUUCACAGGAAAAACUGCAACCAUAUUUACAAGAACAGGAACUGGCAAUGGAAUCAGAACAAAUAAUAGCAGCUAGCAGCAAGGAGCUGGAUGAGAAGAUGAUUGAAAAGAUUACUGACAUCUCCUCAGCUGAAGUUUCCCAGCCACUAUUUACAGAGAGCAUCAUAAGAAAAGCUACAGGUGAAACCACUAAAGAGUCAGCAGAAAAGAGAAAAGUUCUCCCUCAAACAGAGCAAGCAACAAAUAAAAGUUUUGGAAAAGAAGAGCAUGAUGACGAUCAACCCCAGAUUGUAUCUAUACUUCAGGAAAAGCCUGAGGGGAAGGUUCAUGAUAGAGGCAAGAGUGGUCCAAGUAAUGAUCACUCUAUGCCAGAAAAGGAGGAAGUUAAACAAGAGAGAAGGCGUCUAAGUUUCCAAGCAAUGGAGGAGAGCAGUCAAAGUGAACUUACGCCUUCCUCAUCCCCUAAACUUCCAAGGACGAUCUUAAAGGUUAGCACUCUUUCGUCCAGCAGUGAGGACAAAACUGAAGGUGCUGAUUCUUCCAUAGAAGAUGAUGAGUUUAUCCGAAAGCAGAUUAUGGGUAUGGGGGAUGAGAAGGGCAUGUCUUUAUCAGAAGAUGAGAAAGACAAUAAUUUGGAAAAUGCAAAAGCUGUCAAUGAUAAAACACUUGACACUGCUUGUAUGAAAGCCGAAUCUUUGUUGAACAAGGGUGAAACAGAUGUUAACACUCAAAUCCAAACUGAAUUACCCUUAAUAAAUGUUACUAAAACUUCUCAAAAUAUUCCUGAAACAGUUCCAAAGGCUACUUUUAAGAAAGCCAUUCCUGUAAUGAGGCAGAGGCAAAGCACUGAUGAAGAAAUAGAGAGCAUCACUGAAUCCUUGUCAAAGGGUUCAUCAAGUGUUCAAGCAUCAAGCAUGACUCCAGGGUCUUCACCUACAUCAGUUUCAUCUUUGGAGGAGGAUAGUGAUAGUAGUCCUUGUAAAAAGAAAGUUAGCGGGCAAAGACAGCAUCGCAAAGGUAGACACAAGCAGCCUACUCAGCCUCUCCCUACUAUGGAAAACUCCUCUGAUGAAGACAAGACAAAUACACAUGAAAAACGUCGGUCUUCACCUAGUGAUUUGUCCUCUACAGAAGAUCUUAGGCUGGUUACUGUCAUCGAUGAAGGCCAUAAAACAUCUGGUUCAGAGUACUCUGCCAGUAUCGAAUCUGAACCAGAGAUUAAGAGAGCUGUACAAAGAGGACGCAAACCUUCACCAACAGUCAUACCUUACACCCCAUCUGAUCAAUUUGAAGAAAGAGACACAGUAGCAAAAUCUUUGAAGAGUGCUGAAGAAACAUAUGAGGAAAUUAUUCAGAGAACAAAAGCUAUUCCAGGAGAAAGUCCCCCUGAUAUUGAGCCACUUUAUGGAGGAUUGGCAAUAGAGGACUAUCUAUAUGAAUCUUUAGUGGAUGAGUCAGAAAUGAUAAUUAGUGAAUCUCAGGAAGAAGAAAUCCAAUUAAACACUGCUUCUCGAUCUCUCAAAAAGCUCAGGUCCCCAGAAGAGGUUUAUGAGGAGAUGAUGCAGAAAAAAAGGGAACUGAUGAUGAUAGAGCAGGAAUUUCAACAGGCCUGGACAGCAAUGGAUUCUUCCUCAUUAGAGGCUUUGGUCCACGAGCUUCCUGUUGAGGCAGAAACCUGUGUGGUGACCAUAUCUACUGAUGAUAUCCUACCUACUGAAGAUAUGCUGAUCACUGAACAAAAUGAUUUGCCUCCUUCAGAUAUGGAUACCUUAAGUGAACUAACGGUGAGGAGAAAGAAACGUCCAGCACCCCCACGCCCCUCUGAGCCCCCUAGGCGCACCGAGAUAACAGUUGUUCCCAGUACUCCCAGUGGAUCCAUAACUUUUGUUAGGCCUAUGGUUCCUCAAGAUCCUGCGCUCAGAAAGGCACUGUUCCCAAUACCAGACCUUAAGAUUACUCAGUGCUCAUCUGGUGAAGAAGAGGAUGAUAGUCUUGCAGAUGAAUAUGCCAUAGGUAUUUCCUCUGACAUUACCCCCAGUGAUGACUCUGAAACUAAGGAGGAUCGGUCCAUAAGUCCAUCUUUGUAUGAAACCAAUGAGAUGGAGCCUAUAUGUGUCAUUUGUGAAAUACCAGAGCCAAAACCAAUUCCAACUCCAAUAUCAGCUCCAGAACUAACAACUACACCCUCUCCUGUUUCACCAGUUUCACCUCCAACUUCACCAACUUCUCCAGAGUCUAGUUUGGCUUCGAAUGUGUCAUCAUCAUUCUCAUAUCAGGCUCGAACACCGGUUUCAUCUGAUUCAACUCCACUGUCCAUCCAAACACCUCCUACUUUAAUAAAAGAAAAGUCAGUUGAAGAAACCUUAUUGCCAUUGUCUACCACAUUUGAAGCAGUACCAUCAAGUGAAACAUUAAUUCCUCAUCCUGCUUCAGCCACUGUUAUAGUUACAAUUCCAGAUUUGGUAUCUGAUCCAUCCAAAAUUCAAAUAUCUGAGGACCUACAAAGAAUGUCUUCUACAGAAAAAAGUCCAACUCCACCCCUAUUUGAGACUUCCUCUGCAGUAACUCCUAAUGUCCAAAUACCACACUUAGUUUCCUCUCCAUUGCAAGUACCAAUUAAAGUUCCAGCUGUUUUACAAGUCUCAGCACCAAGUCCAGCACCUGUUGUAAUCUCAGCUCAGCCUAUAGCCCAAGUCUCAGCUACAGCUACUGUUAUCACAACCUCGGCUUCAACAAAUGAUCUCUCAGCUCCAAUUAUUUUACAAACACCACAACCAAUCUCAGCCCUUAUGACUACCCCGGCACAAGCCCAAUCCAAAGUAGUACAUUCAGUCCCGGUACAAUCAUCUGUUCCAUUGAUGAGGACAGUGGUAGUCCCAGCAAAAGGUCAACAUGAACAGGGAACUAUAUCAUCUCUGGCAUCAACUACUAUUGUCAAAAAGAAAGUCCCUCCACCUCCCCCUCCUCGAUCUACUUCAGUUUCAUUUCCCGAGACUCCCACUGAAAUGCCUUUUGUAAAGACUGUCAUGCCAUCUGCAACAGCUAUUGCACCCACAGUAACUGCCCACCCAAUGCAAUCCGUAGUUGUAGAUAUACAGCCAAGAAUGGAAGUUGCACAAUCAGGUUGUGCAUCUGUUCCUCAAGUUUUGACCCCAACCAGACAGGGCCAUGUAGUCAUCAUUGUGUCAAGUAUGGAAAACAUACCUCUACUUGAACAAACCAAACAGGAUGAAGAUGACGCAGAGCCAAAAGUUGUUUCUCAUGCAUGUGGUAGUCAACCAACUACAAAUGAUACACCCUGUACAGGCACAGCGGUGCAAGUGCUUUCAUCUCCACCACUUCCACUUAAACCUACAGGGACAAACACUGUACUAAGUGUAGAAGUACCUCCUGUUGUAGACUCAACUCUGUCACCUCUACCUGCUUUAUCCAAAUCAGCUGGAAGCUCUGUUUCCACUCUAGUCACAAACACUAUAGCAACAGUUGCCCCUGUUUCUGUAACCGUUUCUAGUCCUAGUCAUCCCGCUAGGCCUCCCCCGCCCAUACCACCCAAGCCUAUGUCAAUUCCAGCUGGAUUGGUUUUCACCCACAAGCCAGGAGAGAAUAUCAAGCCACCUCCUCCUCCUGUGGCACCCAAAGCAGCAACACUGCCCAGAAUGAAGGAACCUCCAAAAGCCCUGCCACUUAGCCUUGCAAGACCGUUGGAGUCUAAAUUGGGUAUAACAUCUCCCAAGUCACCUGUGUCCCCUAGACAUGCCAAAUGUUUACAAACAUAUGUGGUGAUUACCUUACCAUCUGAGCCUGGCUCUCCAACAGAGACAAUAACAGUUCAAGCACCUGUGAGGCGAGGAUCCAUUCCGUCUUCUACAGCAUUAGGCAUCCAAACUACACUACCAGAGCAGAAAACACCAACUGAGGUUUUUUCAGCACAUGUCACAGUUAGGAGGGCAUCUGUACCUACUGUAAAGCAUCCACCUCCAAUUUUCAAAGCAUCAACUGUGGUGGCAGAGCAAGUGAAAACCUCUGAGGUGGUAACUGCCAAGGUACGAGCAGAGGAAGAAUCUGUGCCCUCUGCUGUACAACCAUUACGUUCUGUUGCUGAUGUGAUAACAGUAUCAUCAGAUCAAGAAUCCUGCAUUAUGGCAUAUGCUAUAGCACCUUCAAUCAAGAAACCACAUGUGACACAACAAGAGUCAAUUACUCAGCCCCAUGCACCUUUUGAACCAACUUCAGAACUAAUUCCAAAACCCACAGAGCCAAAGGCUUAUCUGAUUCUGACAGACCAAUCCAUAGUAAGUGAGCAAUCUGCAUCAUCUGUGUCUCAGCAGCCAUGUGCAGUUACAGAAGUGGGAACAGUUUUUCCAGUAAAAGAACUAGAAGAGCCAAUUCUUCAAUCAACCAAACCAAUUGCAACUGUGCAACCAGGGUGUCUAGGGGAAGCUAUAGUUGUGUCACAGGAGCCUAGGCUCGUAGAAGUAGUUGUCCAUGGUAGACGACCUACAGUACACUCAAUUGUUGAUGAUCAGCAAGCUUUAUCGCAAAUAGAUGUGCAAGGUAUAGGACACACAGAAAAAGAUAUAGGUAAUCAUGCCACAGGGGCAGUUCUGAUAGGAUCAACAAUACCAGACAAGCAUCAUGAAAUUGCAGCUCAGGAGCCAGACACAGCAAUUGAAGUUGUUGUUCAUUCUAAAGAAGAAGACAUACCUGGGGGUUUAAAAGAUGCAUACUCCUUUGCUGAACUCAUAUUAAUGCAACAAACUGAUCAGCCUUUAGAAAAUAUGGCCAUGGUAACAGAACAGCUAUUCACACUCCAGCCAAAUCUGGCGGCUGAAGACAUUACACUCCCUGCAAAGUUUGAAUACCCCACCGAGGUUGUUACAACUGACCCUGGUGCUAGGUUACCUGAGAUUGCUGUAGUAUCUCCUGUACUUCAUCCUCCCACUGUUGCUGUGCUUGUGACACCAGCAUCGGAAGUGUCUGAGGUAAUGCCACUACCUACAGUUGCUGAAACUGUAACUAUCACAAGUGACUAUCCAGCAGAGACACAUCUUGUGAAAGGAAUUCAACAAGUUUCAACACACCCAGAUAUUUGUUAUACUGUCCAGCGGUAUGGAACAAUUGCAACAAUGUCUCCUCCUGUGACAUCACUGGAGAAAAUACCAUUGCAGCCUGGUCAUGAAACACUUACAAGGUUCAUAUCAAAGGAUUUUGAUGAUAGAAUAGGUUUCAUGCCCUCAUCAGAGAUACAACACCAUAGACUUGCCGAGUUCCCAGUCAUAACAGCUGAGGAGACCACCUUUAGAAGGAGAUCAUCUGUAUCAUCCACAGUACAAGCACCAUACACAUCUAAUGAUUUAUUUACAAUUCCUGCGGAGUUUGAAAUGCCUGCUCAGGUGCUUACAGCUGAGUCCUUUCCUGCUGCCAGACAAGAAUCCAUAACCAUGCAACAGCCACAGCAGUUUGCACAAAUAAUUAACAUGCCAGCUGAAAAGGAUGUUUCAGUAGGUGGUUAUGAAGCUGAGGUCCCUUACAGGAGGGAGGCCAUACCAUUAACAGAACAGCAACCAGAAACCUUGACUUAUUCAUCUGAAUAUGAUCAUCCACUGGAGGCAAUAACCCCAGAGGCACACACCAAAAGAAGCUCCACACUCUCUGCACAAGACAUUCAACAGAGUGUAUCUGUGGCUCCAGUCACCAUCACCAAAAUUCAACAAGAGUCAAUUGAGAGUCAAGAGAUAAGAGGACCAGAAAAGGUGGUAUCUAGUAUGAGUCACAUGUUUUCGUCUUCAAUUUCUACCUCAGGUCAGCCUCCUGAAAACCUAUCUAGUCGGGUCACUCAAGUUGUCACCACUGAAGUGCAACGGACCACUGUUUCUGUUGUCCACGAAAGACUUCAACAAGUUCCUCCACAAAGCAUAGCAAUCACUAUACAACCAGACAUAGCAAAAGUUCAACCAUUGCCUAAACAAAAUGGCAGGAUUAUUUAUCCUGGUGAUGUUAUUGAUUUACGUAUGAUCAAGUCUGGCAUAAAAAUGACAGAGCAAGGCAUGGACCUGACGCCACCAGAAUCAUGUCGUCAGUCUGUUUCUAGUGAUUCAACUGGACGUCAUAUUACUGCAGUGCAGCCUGAGAUUGUAAAUCUUAGUGCAGAAUUCACCCCUACAACAACACUGUCUGUUGUUACUGACAGCAUCACAAUAGUUACAUGUACAGCAACCAUUGCUUCAUAUAAUAACACUCCAGCAGAAAAACCACUUGAUUUACAGGGCCCUGUUGCUUCACUGCCCUUGCCUCUCACUACAUCCACACACAAACCAUUUGAACCACUCACACAAAUAGUCUACAAACCUGUAAAGGCCCAGCCUGUAUUCACUGACGUAGUAUCUAUGGUUCAAGACAUACCCAUUAAUCUUUCCUUUGAAGCUCUUGUCUCCUCCGGAGGAAAAAAGCCAUUGACUUCAGCUCCCACACUUAUCAGCAAUGUAGGUCCUGUUGUAUCUCUUGAGGCUACAAGAGCCAUGGAUUUGUCAAACUAUAAACCAGUGAGGGCAAUGGUAGCAUUGUCUGAGACAGGCCCAGGAGUGGUGACCUCUGUUGUGGAGGAUGAUGGGGUUCCAGUUGACCUUACUGCUGGCAGAAGGAGCAUCUGCUGUGAUGUAAUUUACAAGCUACCAUUUACUGGAAGUUGCAGAACACAACCUCCAGUAACAACACAACCUGACAACAGUUUUGGAUUCAAAGAUCAUGCGGGACUGUAUAAUAUUAAAGGGACUAAUGGGAUGAAAGCAUCAUUGUCUGAGACCAAUCUGACAAAUACAGGACUGUCCCUCUAUGAUCUCAAAAAUGACUACUUCGGUGGAUCUUUUGAUACAGCUAUUGACCUAACUGCUGCAAAACUUUCAGCUGGUGAAGCACUAGACUAUACUAGCAAAACAAACAGCGUCUACUCUGCAAUGAAUGCUGCCCCAUACUCCCAGGUUCCAGCUGCUGGAUUUGGUGUAAAUAGUGCUUUAAGAACCUCAGAUGGAAUAGUUUAUUCUUCAGUUGCUGCACCAGUUCCAUCCACAUAUGCAAUAACAACUCAACCAGGCUCCAUCUUCAGUACUACUUUGACACCUACAUUAACUGUGCAGGAUCAGUCCUUAUUGCAUGCAUAUGGCUUUGUUCCUACAACAGACCCAGGAAAGAUUGUUCCUUUUGAGGCGGAGCUAUCUAAAGAGUUUUUUCCUACAGCUUUAGCUGACCUCAUAACUGGCUACCCAGAAAUGUACUCCGACACCACCCUGGAAGCAAUCGCUGCUUCUUUAGAUGCUCUAACUUCUUCACCAAUAUUCCCUGGCUUAGACAACUCCAAGAUGGCACAGUAUCAGAUGGAAAGGGAGUUUUUAGAGUUAGAGAAGCUCAAGCAGUUAUGUCUUGCUGAAGAGCUGGAGUGGGAAAGACAAGAAAUCCAGCGCUACAGAGAACAGGAGCAACUAAUGGUGCAAAGGGAACUUGAAGAACUUCAAGCUCUGAAACAACAGCUUCUUCUUCAGCAAGAAGAGGAGCAUCAUGCCCACAUGGUGGCCCAGCAGGAGACCUAUGCUCAACAGAAAGAGCAGCUGCAGCAAAUCCAACAACUCCAACUUCAACUCCAGCAGCAGCUAGAUGAGCACUACAGCAGUACUGGGAUGACAGGAAACCUUUUAGAAGCUAAGUAUGCUGGAGUAGGGGACAGUGGUCAGUAUUGGCCUGUGAAAGAUGAGCCUGUACUUCCAUCUACAGGAGCACAAACAGAACAUCAUGAGCAGCUUAACAUAGUAAAGCUUCAAGCUGACAAGGAUCUAGGUAAAAAAAUCCUAGACAGUGGUGUACAAACAGAUGAUGAAGACUCUGCAGAAAAGCAGCACAUGGGAAAGAAAAAGAAAACUAAAAGAAACCUUGAUAGCUUAGUUCAGUCUGAUGAUGAAGAUCAAGAUGAGUGGGAUGCUCCCGCCAAAGUUCGACGCCGUUCUCGAAAGCAUAGUGGUGAUGGGAAACACGGCUCUAAGGUGUCUAGCAUUGCCAUCCAGACAGUAGCAGAAAUUUCUGUGCAGACUGACCACUCGGGAAGUAUCAAGCGACCCAACGUCCAAAUGGACACAAAGAUAGAAAUCAUUAAGCACAUAUCAGCUCCAGAAAACUCUCAAAGAGGUAGCAGUCUGAGCUGUCAGACAGACACAGACAGAGGGCAUUCACCUGUUGAGGUUGGAUAUAGCAUGCAACUAACGGCAGAUGUCCCCUAUAAAGCUAAAGUGCUCUACAGCCAAGUCUCUCCCCUAUCACCAGAGAAGUCAUAUGGAGGGCAGAGAAUGCUAACUGCUGACCCAAACAGAUUCUCCUCUGGCCCUCGGAGUUUAAAGGUUGGCCAGAAGUCUCUGUCGGAUCCUAAAUCUCUUAGUCCUUCAACUGAUAACAGAAUUGGGGGAUACUAUGCAGACAGCUAUUCUGGCCGAAGCUCUUCAUCUAGUAGUGGUAAGAAGGUAAAGCGAACCCUCCCGGACCCCCCUAAUGAGGAUGAUUCUUUGGCAGGAAGAUCAGGCUAUAGCACCAACUCUGCCCGUCGUCGUCUUGCCCGCAGCACAACGAUGGCCCGGGCAAAGAUUCUGCGGGACAUAGAUAAGGAGCUUGAUCUAGUGGAGAGAGAGUCUUCUAAACUGCGAAAAAAGCAAGCUGAGCUUGAUGAAGAAGAAAAGGAAAUUGAUGCCAAGUUGCGGUAUCUGGAGAUGGGUAUAAACCGCCGCAAAGAGGUCUUGCUAAAGGAAAGAGAAAAGAGAGAAAGAGCCUAUCUCCAAGGGGUGGCUGAGGAAAGAGACUACAUGUCAGAUAGUGAGGUUGGCAACUUAAGAGAAACCCAGGGGGAAGGCCUGGAGAGACCACGGACCGCUCCUCAGUCAGAAUUUGAUCAAUUCGUCCCUCCCCAAACUGAAGCUGAUUCCCAAUACAACACCCUUACAAGCCCCUACUCUCAAUAUGGUCAGUAUGUUCCUCAGACCCAAACUACAAGCCAUUACACCCAGCAAAAUCUAUAUCAGCAGCAGUCCCUAUACCAUCCUCAGGUAUCUCCUUACCAAACACUAUCACUUUCCCAUGCUCAGGCCCAGCCUAGCAGCUACCAACAUGCUUUGCUUUUGCAACAGGGAAAGCAGCGUCAAACUACCUUGUCUGAUUUAGAGCCCAAAAUUACCACAAACUAUGAGGUGAUACGCAACCAACCUCUGCUCAUUGUACCAACAUCUACAGAAAGUGGCUAUGGGGUUGCUCACAUGGGGGGCAAGUAUGGCAACUUAGAUUUAAGGUUAGAGGAGAGAAGCAUGGCCUCCAGUCCACUGUCAAGUAUUUCUGCUGAUUCCUUCUAUGCUGAUAUUGACCAUCACAAUGCCAGGAACUAUGUGCUUAUAGAGGACAUAGGAGAGCUCACCAAGGCAUCAACAGGACUUGGAAGUUCUGGCAUGGGUUCUGGAUUUAAUCUGCCUGAUAAAGAGUUAUCAAAAGCAGACAGACUACUCAGGGCGGCAGAAGCGAGGCGUACAGCAGAGGUGGCCGAAUUUUUGGGCUCAUCACGCUAUGGUAAAGGAGAAGAUGACACUAUGGAGGAGCCCUAUGAACUGAAAUUACUGAAACAGCAAAUCAAGCAAGAGUUCAGGCGUGGAACUGAGGGGCUUGAACACUUAACAAGCCUUGGCCUUUCCCAGUAUCUCUCGAGUGAUAGUAGUUUUCGCCACUUCCCUAAAGGGGAGAAAUAUAGCAUUGGAAGACUCACUCUUGAAAAGCAGGCUGCAAAGAAUCUUCCCGCUGCUAUGCUUUACCAGAAACAGAUGAAGAACAAAAAGGCUUUGUUAGACUCCAAGGCCAUCACAAAAUUUUCCCCAAUUCAGGAGAAUAGGGACCUUGAGCCUGAAUUUGGUAGCUACAUGGGAUCUGGGGCUUCCUCAGUUUCUAGUCUAGCAGUUAGGGCAAGGUUACUUCAGGACGAAAUUACAUUUGGGUUAAGGAAAAACUUGUCUGAGCAGCAAAAAUAUUUGGGGUCUUCUUUAGGAGCCAACCUUUCUGGUUCUCUUAACCUCGGCCAGUCUCUCAGCUUAGGAUCCACUUUCAGAGGCACCACUCAGGAGGAUGGCACAUAUCCAAGUGGCACUCGUUCCCGUCCCUCUUCACGCCCCUCUUCCCGACCAUCUUCUAUAUAUGGUUUAGAUCUGUCCAUCAAAAGGGAUCUGUCUAGUUCCUCACUCAGACUUAAGACAGAGGGGGAGGUCCUGGACGCAGCAUUUGCUCCUGGAGUCUCUAGAGCAAAACCUACUAGUUUGCCUAUCAGCCAAAGCCGGGGCCGUAUCCCCAUUGUGGCUCAGAACUCCGAGGAGGAAAGUCCUCUGAGCCCAGUGGGGCAGCCUAUGGGUAUGGCUAGAGCUUCUGCUGGUCCUCUGCCUCCCAUUUCUGCUGACUCCAGGGAUCAAUUUGGGUCUAGUCAUUCCUUGCCAGAAGUCCAACAGCAUAUGAGGGAGGAAUCUCGAACACGCGGCUAUGAUAGAGACAUCGCAUUCAUCAUGGAUGAUCUGCAAGGUGCCAUGUCUGACAGCGAAGUGCUAAGUGAGUCCAUGCUGGCUUUAAAAAGAGGUGAUGCCAGAAUCAUUCAUGAAAGUAUCAGACACGCCGGAGGCCCAAACUGGAAUAUAGAAGCCUACCACCUGCGUAGAGAGGACACAGAUUGGUUUGAUAAGCCAAGAGAAGGGCAGCCUCAGAGUGGACACAUGUCGGAUAGGAGACAGAUGAAAUUGGUUCCUUACACCUUCCCUCACACUCGCAUCAAGAUCAAAAGAGACAUGACAGACACCAGCGUCUCAGGCAAUGGACUUGGGGUCCGUGUGGUGGGCGGUAAGGAGAUUCCAGGCAGCCGUGGUGAGAUUGGAACCUACAUUGCCAAGGUCAUUCCUGGAGGCAUGGUGGAACAAACAGGAAAAAUUGUUGAGGGCAUGCAGGUGUUGGAGUGGAAUGGAGUUCCUCUAACAGGGAAGACGUACGAAGAAGUUCAGUGCAUUAUGGGCAAACCUUGUAUAGAGGCGGAGCUCUGUGUGAGACUUGACCUUAAUAUGAUGUCUGACCCUGAGCACCCACAGGCUCUGGAGCACCAGGUCCAGCUUAAGGCUGCAGGUGGCCAGCGAUCGCCUGGUGUGGAUCCUAAUCAGUUAGCUGCAGAGCUCCAGAAGGUGUCCCAGCAGCAAGCUCCUGGCAUAGCGGGAACAGGACCGGGGGGUUUGGGGAUCCUCUCUGCACUGGAACAUUCUGCUCUCUUUCACUCUGGCCCCGGGUCAGCAGCCUCCAGUGGGGUCCCAAGUCCUGGCCAGCCGGCAUCCCCUGCCAUCAACAAGAAACAGCGACACAAGCCUAUAGAGGUCAUGAAAACGCCUCAUCCUAUCACUGGAGAAAUUCAGCUCCAGAUUAACUAUGAUAGAAAUCUGGGAAACCUGAUUGUUCACGUCCUGCAGGCAAGAAACUUGGCCGCUCGAGACAAUGACGGUUAUUCUGACCCUUUUGUGAAGGUCUACCUUUUACCAGGGAGAGGCCAAGUCAUGGUUGUCCAGAAUGCAAGUGCUGAUAACAGGAGAAGAACCAAGUAUGCCCAGAAGACAACAAACCCAGAAUGGAACCAGACUGUCAUCUACAAGAACAUCCAUUUGGAGCAGUUAAAGAAAAAAACAUUGGAGGUAACAGUGUGGGACUAUGACAGAUCCUCCUCCAAUGACUUUCUUGGAGAAGUUCUGAUUGACUUGUCAAACACAUCUCAGCUGGACAACACUCCCCGCUGGCUGACUUUGAAGGAACAGAGUGAAAGCAUUGAACACAGCAAAACUCAGCAUGCCACUCAAGCCCCACCAGGAUCUGGGUCAGGACAGGGUCAUGGUCAGGGACAUAGCACAGGCCAGGGUCAUAUGUCUGGGUCUGGACAGGGACAUGGAAUGGGACAGGGUCAAGCACCAGGACAGGGAGGUCAGAGUCAUGAUUCACCUAAAAACUCUGUGAUCAAGAGCAGAAGCCAUGGAAUCUUCCCCGAUCCAGCCAAAGACAUGCAAAUGUUACCUUUGGAAAAGUCUCACAGCAGCCCAGGCAGCUCCAAGUCUUCCUCUGAUGGCCAACUGCGUUCCCAUGGCCCUUCCCGAAGCCAAAGCAAGAGUAGUGUCACUCAGGCUCAUCUUGAAGAUGCUGGGAUAGCCAUUGCUGCCGCAGAGGCUGCCGUGCAGCAGUCCCGCCUACAACCAAGACCGGGGCACCGACUGGGUGAUGUCUCAGGGUCAGUGGUGCUAUCGGCCCCAAGUCUUGUUGGAGACGCCUACAGUGGUCUGGACGGGGAUGAAGGGGUGGGCAUUGGAGUGGACAGUGCCAUUUUUCAAGUGCCACGAAUUGGUAAGACUAUCCCUAACGGUACCGACAAAAACCAACAAAUUACUCCAGAAAAUGAAGGUGGUAAAACCCAAGUAAUAGGGGAAAUUAAGGUUGCUCUUAAGAAGGAGGUGAAGACAGAGGGAGACCAGCUGGUUCUAGAAAUCCUUCAGUGCAGAAAUAUCACUUAUAAGUUUAAAAGCCCGGACCACCUGCCAGACCUGUAUGUCAAGUUGUAUGUGGUGAAUGUAGCCACUCAGAAGAGGAUCAUCAAGAAGAAGACCAGAGUUUGUCGCCAUGACCGGGAACCUUCCUUUAAUGAGACCUUCAGAUUUCCUCUCAACCCAACGGGACAUUCCAUACAGCUUUUCUUGGUUUCCAACGGUGGGAAGUUUGUGAAGAAGACCUUGAUAGGGGAAGCCUACAUCUGGCUUGACAAGGUGGACAUGAGGAAGAGAGUGGUCAGCUGGCACAAACUGUUCGUCAGCUCCAACUUGACUAACCCUUGAGUGCCACGCGAUAAGAAGCUAAAGAUACAUUAAGAGAUAUCAUAGGCCAAAGGAAAAAAAGAAGACAAAGAAGUAACAUUACAGAAAUGUUAAUAAAAAUUAUCAGUGUUGAGUUUAAAGAUCAUUAGAAGAUGGGGAACUAUGUGACGAUAACAUUGCAUGUCUUGUAAGUCCAACACUGCCAGCGCACGUUUCCCUCUUUUUAUGUCAGUUCUCUAAUAUGCUUUGCUUAGAUGCAAACAUGCAAAGACAGUUACUGACAAAUAUUCCACUGCAAUAUGGCUUAGGACAAUAGGACAAUUAUGUUUUUGAUAUCAUAGUUCCAUUGUAUGAUCCAUAAUUAUAAUUUUGAUAUUGCACGAGAGAACUUAACCAACUAACCAAGGAAAACAUUUUAAAAUUAGAAUAAAUAAACGUAUGUAAUUCUUAUGAGAGUUUGCAGACAUCAGUGGUGAUUAUUUAUAUUUAAAGAUAAAGGAAUGCAUAGCAAUUUUUGUAGAGAACUUCCAAUUUAUGUCAAUGCAGAAAAAAACAUCAGAUUGUUGAACUUUUGCAGUGGGAUGAAGAUUAAAUGUACAGUACUUCUGUACUUCUAACAUUUCUGUUGUCCCACAUGCAAGUUACUGAGCAUAUCAAACAAUUGUACAGUGUGAUAUAUAUAUAUAUAUAUAUAUAUAUAUAUAUAUAUAUAUAUAUAUAUAUAUAUAUAUGAAACAAUAAAAUUAGCAUAUGCAGAAUAUAACAAAAUACAAUAUAGAGUAUAAGAGUUGUUCUCUUGUCACUAGAUUAUACAUAAAUUAAUACCAACAAAAGUUCUAGGUCGAGGCAGUGGGUAGCGCACUGACAAUCCAGUAAUCUAAUGUAUAAGCAGUCCUUAUAACUUUAGGUGAAUGUGGACCUAUGUGAGUUCAAGGUUGGCCAUAUUGUCACACUGAUGCACCUCUUUGUUGAACAGGCCUGCAAUCAUGGGUUGAGCCAACACCACCGGACAGAUUAUUAUAACACAAGCAUCGUAUUUAGGGGGAGACUUACUAGAAAAAUGAACAGCAUCUUGCACAUGCUGUGUUGAAUGUAACAAAUGUUACAGCUGUUCAGAAUGACAGACGUUUACACAUCUGUGUCAUUUGUGAAACAUUUUACUUUUAGGUUGUAGUUUUUUCCUCUGUGUAACUCCCUUCAUGUUAUCACUCUGUUGCUAUGGACAUGUAAUUCAGAGACGUUGUGUCAAAACCUUAUGUAAAUCCAAAAGCUCUGUGACUGCUCUGCUGUCUGUGUGUUAGUAAAGCCCUUUGGUUUUGGUUUUACAUGAAAAUAAUUUCAAAAUGUAGAUAAAAAAGUCAAAUGCUCCUCUGUGUCUGUUCUUGUAAAACAAUAAAAUGUUUUGUCUCAGUGACUCCUGUUAAACACAGUGGACCAGCAUUUUUCACUGCCUGUGAUCAAAAUAUUUUCUCAGGCAUGAUAAGGGUCAGAGGAACACAUGGGACUAAGUCUUAGUACUCAUGUGUAUGCAGGGGACCCAUGUAUGUACGUUCUUGUUCAUCUUUUAACAGUUUGUGAACACAUCAAUCAGAAAAGAAGAUACAAUUUAAAAAAUCCAGGAGAAUCACAGUCAGUGUGUUUAAUUUCAAAACAGGGCUGAUACAGCUUUUAAUCAACAAACACACAAAGAGCAAGAUGUCACUCAUACCCUAUAGUGCAGCGCAGAAGAUACUUCAAGUGGUAAAUAAUUUGUGGUGCCAUUUAUUUCCUUAUUUAUGUGUUAAAUGUAUUUCUAUAUUUAUGAUAUUGUUUUUACUUUUAUUCCCAGACCCAUUUGUUGUUUUAAGGUAAUUCUAUGCAAAAUAUAUAUUUGAAAGCCUUUGUGUUAAAGUAUGUGAACAUGUCGUCACACAAUGUCUUCUAGAAAAGUAAUUAUGAUUUGUACAUUUGGUGAGAGAAUAAUAUUAAAUAUCUUUAUUUUGUACUUAUUUUAGUAUAUAUUGAUGUUAACCGCUGUUAACAUCUACAUGGAGCUUGUGCACUUUAUUACAAUGUUUGUUUUCUUGUCUCAUUUGAAUCGCCGGGACAUUCCAAGUUACAUGGUUUGUGUCUCUGCACUAAAAAUUAAAUGAGUCACAGUGUAUUUGGUGGCAGGAACUAUUGUGGUGUACAUUUUGUAUCUAUGUGGCAAAAGAUAAACAUACAAACAUGUUGGGGUUCCCUAAAAGGGAUGCACAAUAUUCAGUGAAAUCAAUUACUCCAUGCUCAUAGUGUACUGAACAGUCUAUGUACACAGUGCAGUAAGUAAGACCUCAUCUUAUUGCCCAGUCAUGACUGUCAAAACCUCUCGUAUUUCAUUAGACUUCCUUCUGAAAACUGUUUGUUUAGAUCAGCUGUUGCCUGUAAUUGUGAACCUAUUCAUUUGUUGUUGUCCUGAGGGGUGUGAAUGUGCUCAAGUUGUUUGACAUGUGUACAUAAAGUGUUUAUUUUCUACAAUGACUGAAUGUUUAUAUGUCCGAGGUUUGAGCAUGUGAGUGUUAAAAAAUAAAUAAAUCUCAUUCACAGAACAGUUGUAAUUGUACAGCAAUGGGUGUCUAGGGUUCUAUAAGGGGAGCUGAGACUUUAACAAAACAUGUGCUGUCCACUGAUGAACAUUAGUGAACAUUAGUGAAAUGAUAUCGUCUAACCUGCAGAAACAACUUAAAAGGUGGGAAAAAAGAAUAUGUUCAACUUAAGUAGUUGUCUGGAACUUUUUGUUUUGGAUGUUGCAUGUUCUGUUAACGGUUUGUCUGUAUAUUUUGCUUUCAAAUUAUGUUUAAAAAGAGAGAAAAUAUGUAUAGAUUUAUCUGUAUGCUGAGUGUAAAGAAAUAUGCUUGUACAAUUGUCUUGUUUUUCACUCUGUGUAAAAACAAAGCAUAUACUGUUAUGGUUUUGUGGUUGUACACAGGGUGUGUGAAGAUAUGCAAAUUGUGCUGUAAAAAACAUGUCCCUUGAGUUAAAAGAAUAAAUAUUAAGAGCUAUAUUGCAAA